AAAAGGAGGAAAAUAAAAGAAAAAAGAGAGAACCAAUACACAAAAAAAAACACAACAAACAAAGACACACAACACACACCACUUUGGUUUUGGCUUUGCUCUUUCUCUCUUCUCUCUCUCUCUCUUCCCCAUUUUCUACUUGUUGAGAAUUGAGAUUGAGAUAGAAUAGAUCAAUUCAAAAUCCAUUGAAAAAAUACAUCAUUUUUUUCCUACAAAUUUUCAUUCAACUCUUAUUUUUCAUUAACCCCUUUUUUCCAAUUUUCACCAAUCAAUUAAUCAAUCAAUCAAUUAAUCACUGACCCUUUACUCGUUUUCCCAAAUCCUCAAUUUUUCUUCAUUGCCCACUUAAUUUUUCUCCCAAAGUUUGCGUCUUUUUGUGUUUCAAAGAUGAGUGGAACUGGGUUUAGGGCUUCAAUUCCAAACAGUGUCAAAAAGACGAUCCAGAACAUCAAAGAGAUCGCAGGUAAUCAUAGUGAUGAAGAUAUCUAUGCAAUGCUUAAGGAAUGUUCUAUGGAUCCCAAUGAGACUGCUCAGAAACUCCUUCUUCAGGAUACAUUUCAUGAGGUCAAAAGAAAGAGGGACAAAAGAAAGGAGAAUCUGAACAUCAGAGAACAGGUGGAACCACGUGGGAGGCCUGGCACCCACGGGCGAGGGCCUAGAGGUGGUCGGGGAAAUUUUUCAUCUCAUAAUAUAUCUCAUGAUGCCAGUGCAAGAAAGACUUCUGUUACAGGCAAAGAUAGUGGACCUCAUCAAGCUUCUGAGAAAAAUGCGCCACAUUUAUCAGCUUCUCAAGAGAUAAUAUCUAAAGGGAAUAGUUCUGGAGCAAGCUCUGUGCCUAUUAUUACCAAUGGUCCUACAAAUGUGGCUUCUGGAACUAUUAGUGGUGUGAGUCCUUCCCCUUCAUCUGCUGGAAAUGGAGACACAAUGGUUCAAUCGUCUGGCAAUAAUAAUAUUAAUAGUAAUGUGGAUAGUGCUUCACCUUCCGUUAAAUCAAAUGAAGUUGCAACAGUUGCUUCUGGAACUGGACCGGCAUCAUCAUCUGUUCAUUUCUCUUCUUCUGAUCCAGUAUUGGUUCCAUCUGAUAAUUCAUGGUUUCCUGGUGCUGUUGGUGCAAUUAGACGCGAAGUUGGAAGUCAACACUCUCUUGGGGAAUUAAAUGUCGUUAACUCAGCCAAGAACAACAUAACUGCUGCUCCUGAGACUGGUAUCUCUUCUGUUCCCGGAAAAAUUCAAGGUAAAUCGCAGGGAGUGGCAAAGAAUCACAGCAAUGAGAUGCCAGCUCCAUCAUCACCGGUAACUCAUGGUAGCCCUUCAGUUAGUCGCCCUUCCUCUAAUUACAAUAACCGGUCGCAACAACUAACUGGUCCUCAGAAAGCUGGUUCUAAUAAGGAAUGGAAACCAAAGCCAACAAAUACAUUAAAUCAGAAUUCUGGACCUGCUACUGCAUCUGAGGCUCCUCCUGUUUCAGCUGAAGUAACUAGGCAGUUAGAGUCUGCGUCUAGUGCCCUUGACUCUGAAGAAGCUGCUUCGAAGUUGCAGAGGAAGCUGGAGGAUUUUCAUCUUCCACAGCGUCAACAUGUUAUUCUUCCAAAUCAUAUCAUGGUACCUGAAUCUGAAAAGAACAAGUUUUGCUUUGGAAGUUUGGGAAUCAAUUUUGGAGUUAAUACUACAACAAGCUAUGUUAGUGGCCCAGAUAGUGAAAAGAGUUCCGCACCACUUUCUGAAACAUCUCAGGAGAUUGAAGAAACUGCGGAGGAGCAGAACUCAAGUCAAAAUGGUGCGGUUACGUCUGAGGUGGAAGAUUAUCCUGACCAUCCGCAAUCACCAAAUAACGUACCUGUGAAUUUAGAAUCCAGCGAGGUCGAUGGGUCGUCUAGUGCUAUUCAGGAGUAUAACGAGUCCAAGCAAGAUACUGCUUUACCGCAUGAAGGUCAUCAGUACUCAGGGGUGCAUAUUUCUCCAAACUACAGUUUUGGUUUCGUGCCUCCAAUGUUGGGUACUCAGCUCCCACCAUUUGACAAUUCUGAGUCUCAGACGCGUGAUAUUUCUCGGCUUCCAAGCUUUAUUAUGCAUCCUCAAUUGGAUCCAGCUAGUUAUUAUGCCCAGUUUUACCGACCAGGUGCUGAUAAUGAUGGUCGUCUUUCUCCGUUUGCUUCUGCUGCGGCAACUACCAAGUACAAUGGCAAUGUUGCGGUGCUGCCCACGCCAAAUUCUCAAUCUCCUCAAGAGGGAGGUAUCUUGUCCACAGCAGGUCAAACACCACUUGUGACUCAAGCUGCAGGACUGAUGCAAAGCUCAAUAGGUGUUACCCAGCAGCCUGUCCCUGUCUUUCGGCCUAGUGGGGUUCAUUUAUCUCAUUACCCUCCAAACUACAUUCCUUAUGGUCACUAUUUUUCACCAUUUUACGUCCCACCUCCAAUCCACCAAUUUUUGGGUAAUGGAGUAUUUCCUCAACAACCUCAAGCUAGCACUGUAUAUCCACCUCCCCAAGCUGUGGCCGCCCCGGGAAUGAAAUAUCCUCUUCCACAAUUCAAAUCUGGAACAAAUGCAGCAAACUCUACUCACCUUGUAAUGCCAAACGCUUUUGGACUAUAUGGCUCCUCUCCAGCUGGUUACAAUCAUAAUUCUGUUGCAACUGCAGGGAAUUCGACCGCUAACGAGGAUCUCAAUUCCUCCCAAUUCAAGGAAACUAAUGUAUACAUCAGCGGACCGCAGAGCGAAGGUUCAGCAAUGUGGGUGGCUGCACCUGGCCGAGACAUUACUAAUUUGCCCACUAGUUCAUUCUACAACCUUCCACCUCAAGGUCAGCAUGUGACUUUCGCUCCAACUCAGGCUGGUCACGGCACUUUUGCAAGCAUCUAUCACCCUGCACAAGCAGUGACAGCUGCAGCAGUCCAUCCACUGUUGCAGCAAUCUCAGACAAUGGCAGGAGCAGUUGAUAUGGUAGGACCAGGUGGACAUGUUUAUCAGACCCCUCAAAAUGCACAAAUCAAUUGGCCAAGCAAUUACUAAGCUUCUCUUAUAUUAGAUGAUUGAGUCUUAUUUUUUGGGAAAUUCAAAAAUAUAGUUGGAUUUCCAUGAUGAAAGAUGUGGCGAUUGGCUACGUUUUGAGUGUAAAAAGCUGGAAAAUUUGCCAUUAUAAUCUUCUGAUUGGUUGGAUUGAGGAUAUGAAAGGUAGGACACAUGUAACGGAUAUUGACGAAUGACGAUUAAAGUUAGACAAGGUAGAAACAUAUGCAGGCAUUUUCUAGUUUUUUUACUCCUGCUAUUUUGUGUUUUUUAGCAUUAAUACCUUUUCAUAGCUUUAUUGAGGUCAUUGAAUUCUAUUAAGAGUAUUGUUGAGUGAUGAGAAAUGUCCAUUCUUUGUUUAGUUUUGAGUUUCUUAUAGGGGUUGGAAGGUUUCUUUAGGUUGGUAGGUAAAGCUUUUCUAUUGUUCCUUGUCUUCUUACAUGUAAAGUGAAUUUUGAUAGCAAGAGAAUUAUUUGCUUAAGCUGUUGUUUUGCUAUGGGUAAACAAGUAAAAUGUCUUUCUAAUUGCAUUCAGCUAAA